AUGUCUUCUCUCACUGAAGAGCAAAAGAAGAAGUUUAAAGCUACAUUCAAACAUUACGAUAAAGACAAAGAUGGACAAAUCACGUUCGAAGAAUUAGGUCAAAUAUUGAGAGGAAUGGGAAGAAAUACUACAGACGUAGAAAUCUAUCAAAUGCAACAAAUCCAUGGAAGUGAUAAACUUGAUGAAGCAACAUACUUGGCACUACUCGCUCAAAAACUUCAAGAACCAGAUAGUGUUGAAGAAAUCCAAAAAGCAUUUGAUACAUUUUUUGGACCAGGGAAAACUACUAUUACUGUUGAUGAAUUUAAAGCAAUGAUGAUGGAAUUUGGAGAACGAGUUUCUGAAGAUGAAGCUGAUGAGUUAGUUAAAGAUAUAGGAUUAAAUAAAGAAGGGUGCAUUGAUAUUAAGAGAUUUAUUGAUCAUGUGUUUGAAAGUAAAUAA